AAUUAAUUAAAAUAGAUUAUUGCAAAGUAAAUUAAAAGAAUUAGAUUUAGAAAAGCAUAGUAAAAUUGUAUGUAGAAUUUGUGAGUAAUUUAUAGAAGUAGAAAUAAUGGCAGCCCAUUUCAUAAGAAAGCUGAAUAAAGCAAAAAACUAUUAUAAUUGAAUCUCUAAUUAGCAGAUGCUUCACAAUUAGCGAAUAAAUUAAAACAUGAUGUUUAAAUAAAAUUAGGUAAAUAUGUUUAUAAGAAUAAAAAUAAAAUCGUUUAAAAUAGAAAAAGUAAGAGGAAGAGAAAAAGCCUUAAGGUCUUUAAGAAGAACACAUAAAAUCUAUUUAGAAGAUAAUAAAAUCUAAUAAGAGGAAUAAGAAAAGAAUAAGGCUAAAAAACAAUUAGUAUUAAUAAAUUCAGCAAUGACAAUUAUAGUGAAUUAUACUGAGAAAGUACUUAAUAGUAAUGCAAAUAAUAAAGAUAAUAAAUGUAAUAUAUAAUUUAAGAAAUAAGUAAAUCGUAUCACAUUGAUGAAUUGACUGAUGCAAAAUGCCAUAUAGAAACUGAUGAAAUUAAUGAUGAAGUUCUAGAAAUCAAAGAUAAAGCUAGAAUUUGUAUUUAUGAUAGGAUGGAAUAUUUUAAAAUUUCUUAAAAUUUAGAGACAUAACAAAUUUAAGAGAGUUAAAAAAUUAAACCAAAUAUUGAAAUAGAUUUGAAAUAAAAAUAUAAAAAUUCUAAUUCUAGUUCAUUUAGAUUUUCAAUAUUUAAUAAUCAAACAACAACAAUUUAAUAAAAAUUAAAGCGAAAUGAAAUAUUUUUGAAGGAGAUGAUGAUAAUACUGCUUAUCAGACUCCAAAAAUAGUUAAUUAUCAAACCUUUAGGAUAAGGAGCCUUUUGGAUGGGUAUUUCUAGUAAAAAAGAAAACAUCUAAAGAUUUGUAUGCUAUGAAAAUUAUAUAUUGCUCACAAAAAGUAUGAUUUUUUAAAUAUUAUUAUUAGUAAUUAGAAACAUGAAAGAAAUAUUUUUGAAAUACAAUCUGGAGAUUUUGUUGUGAAAGCUUACUAUUCUUUUA